AAUCUGCAAGAAUAAGAUCAAUUUAAUAUCGAUCGAAGCCCAUCGUCGAGCACGAAGAUUUCUCAUCUAACUCUAUCACCAAGCCAGAUUCACCCAACUGCGCCGACAUCGUAGAAUGGUAGAGAGUGAACCUAACUCAAAGCACAAUCAUAAGUGUGAUGUAAAAGACGAGCGGCUAAACGGCUGUGGCUCUAAGGAUCUUGAACUUGCCCGUAUUGGAACAAAGGGCAAGACCCUAGAUCCAGAGAAAGGAUCCUUCGUUAAAGCAGAUUUCGAGAAGGCCAUUGAACUUACCGACUAUGGCAAAUUCCAUUACUUCCUCCUCACGGUAUGUGGCUUCGUCAGCACUAGCGAGGAGAUGGACGUAAUCUCUAUGUCCUUCAUCCUACCUAGUGCACAAUGUGACCUGAAACUCGACACCCAAGCCAAGGGAUGGCUCAAUUCGAUCAUCUUCAUUGGCAUGAUGGCAGGCGCGUACGCCUGGGGCUCUGUCGCGGAUGCCCUGGGUCGUCGGAAGGUUCUCAUCGCCAUCUCCUUCACGAACGCCCUUUGUAUCGUCGCCUCCAGCUUCAGCCAGUCCUAUGAACUUUUCAUGUUCUUCCGUUUUCUCAAUGGCGCCGCCCUCGGAGGUAGCGGACCUGUCAUCUGGUCUUACUUCGCUGAGUUCCAGCCAAAGUCGAAGCGAGGCUCGAUGCUGUCGUUCAUGGCUGCCUUCUGGACCCUUGGGAACCUUUUUGUUGCUGGUUUAGCAUGGUCGAUCAUCCCUAACGACAUUGGUGUCGCAAGUUCAUCGUUCACGUAUAAUUCUUGGCGCUGAUCCCCUAAAUACCUCUUGUCCUGCGGAAGAUACGAAGAGGCGCUUGAUAUCUUCCGUGGUAUUUAUGCCAUUAACACUGGCAAACCGCGUGACACUUACACGGUGAAAGAAUUAAUUCUGGACGACAUCCAAGGACCGGAACCAACAAAGGAUGGCAUCGAAAAGAAUAAAUGCAAAACAAUGCUUAGCGAUAUUGUAGACAAUAGUAAACAACUUUUCAUCACACCAAUACUUCGUUUCACCAUCAUCUCGAUCAUCAUCAAUUUCACCUUCCACAUCGGUUAUUACGGUCUGAUGAUGUGGUUCCCCGAGUUGUUCAAUCGUUUCGAUGAAUUUCAUCGCGAUCAUCCCGGUGAAGUAGCUUCGAUAUGCGAAGUGACCGAAUACGUUGUUAAAAAGGGCUCUCACAAUGUCGAGAACCUAUGUUCGGACAAAAUCGGCUCUUCCGUUUUUAUGGAAUCGCUGAUCACCGUAGCGUCCGCCAUUCCCGCGAAUAUUGUCGCUGUACUAGGAAUGGAUCGUCUUGGUCGUAAAUUCUUUCUGGUGUUUAGUACACUUUCGUCGGGGCUGUGUUCAAUCGGAUUGUACUUCGUGUACAACAAGCACCACAAUUUGAUCGUUUCGGCAAUCUUUAGCGGUGUGAUAAGCUGCGGUAACGCAGCCUUAGACUGUUUGAUAACCGAGGUUUUCCCCACGCAUCUUCGCGCGACAGGAAUCGCUAUUUCCAUGGUCGCAGCGCGUCUCGGUGGUAUCAUUGGAAACAUUGUAAUAGCUCAACUUCUGGACAUGUAUUGUCCAGCGCCAACUUUCAUCGUUGCUGCUCUUCUAAUUGGUGGAGGAUUAUUGUGCUUAUUUUUACCAAAUACAACACGGGAACCACUUUCUUGACACCAGUGGAGAAUUACAUCAGACCUAACGAAUCGAUGUACAGUCAUAAUAGCAUCAAUUAAUCUGAUAAACUUACAACGUCUCAAAACAGCACAUUGUACGCUCAUACAUUUUUUCACAUUUAAUUCAUAAAACGGUUCAUUAUAAACAACGUGUGUCACUACGGUCGAGCUCCACAUUCCUAUUUUACAUAUCAAGUUCGAAAGGCAAUAAACAAUGUAGUAUUAACAAUUAGAAUUCGUAGUAGAUAGUAGAGGAUAUUUUCGAGAAUAAAUGAGAUACGAAUGUGAAUUCGUAUGGCAUUAUCUUUAUAAGAAAACACAAAGGUAUCGCGUAACUUCUAUGUAUUUUCGAGUAUUAGAUAUUCGAUAGAAUGUCCCAAUCCUUAAACCGCGUGUGAAUUUUAUGUACUGAAGCUAAACGUAAAAUGUAGAUACGGCAUUUAUAGACAGUUCACUCCUAAAUAUUUGUAACAUUUUUGCUAUGUACUUUUAUAUCUUCUGUCGUUCGUUCAUACUCCAGACAGAGCCAUCACUGUUGAAUGUUGUGUACCCUUCCCUUAUAUACUUGUAAGAUAAGAUG